AUGUCCAGCGUCGCGUCCCAGGUCAUCUUGCAUCCAGCUGUUUCUGACACGCUCAAAGUAUUGGGCACUACGCUCGGACGCGACAAGAUCUACCGAGCAGUACAGUACUUUGCUCGCUUCUUUGCAUGGUACCUUCUCGCCCGCGGUUACAAGCUUGAGGCAACACGAUGGAACGCGUUGAAGGGCCAUCUCGCCACGGCGAGAAAACUGAUGCGCAUCGGAAAGCCUUUGGAACAUCUCCAAGCUGCUCUCCGUGCUGCACAGACAACUGGUGACCUCAAAGAGCAGAUUUCUACUAUCGGCAGACAGCUCGGGUACUUUGGAUACUUGACCUAUGACGCCAUCGUCUGGGCAAAUGCUGUCCGAUUUAUCACUCUCAAGCCAGAUACGGCACAGAGGGUGAACAAGACGGCCAACCGAUUCUGGGUAGCAGGCAUCCUGUUUAGCAUUGUCCACGCCGUUUUCAAGUCUGGAAGGUUGACUCAAGAAGUGAACAGCCUCCGUGCCCUGACUGAGAAGGAUGUGGGCGAAGAGAAUGUUCGGCAAACAAGACUUCGUACGCUUGCUGCCCUCCUUACCGCAACACGCCAGCAAUUCGUCAUCGAUGUUCUCGAUGUCUGGAUUCCUGCGGCCAACAUAGGCCUUGUUACUCUGAAUGACGGUAUUUUGGGUGCCUUCGGCUUCAUCACAUCUAUCCUUGCCCUUCGUUCGCAUUGGGCAGUAACCACUGCGAAGAAAUAA